AAGUGGCUAUCAAGCUGGAAUCCGUCAAGACCAAGCACCCUUAACUUCACUAUGAGUCAAAAACCUAUAUGCUUCUCCAAGGAGGAACGGGAAUUCCCAGCCUCAAAUGGUUUGAAGUUGAGAGCGAGUACAAUGUCAUGGUUAUUGACCUUCUUGGACCAAGCUUGGAAGACCUAUUCAACUAUUGCAACAGGAAGUUCACAUUGAAAACAGUAUUAAUGCUGGCAGAUCAGUUAAUUAACAGAGUGGAACACGUUCAUUCAAGAGGUUUCCUUUACCGUGAUAUAAAGCCUGACAACUUUUUAAUGGGCUUGGGGCGCAGAGCAAAUCAGGUAUAUGUCAUUGACUUCGGCCUUGCAAAAAAGUAUAGGGAUCUUCAGACUCAUAAGCACAUACCAUAUAGGUCAGAAAUUUUUUGGAGAGAUGCAAAAUAUGGUCCAAGAAUUAAAGAGCUUAGUUUUUUAAGGUUUUUCAUUUUUUAAUAUAUGUAAGUACAGUUAAUUUUUUUAUAUUUGAUUCCUU